GCUCAUUCACGGCAAAUUAAGCGAGCGCCGGCCGAGGCAGACACAACCCGCAGCAACAACUUGCAUCGGCACGGACGACCGAUUGAGAGCCUCGGCGUUCGUACGCCACGCCACCAAGAGACUCUGUGCAACAAGUGAAGGGACGAAAUGUAUCCGGCCAAGCCCGCCGCCUCCUCCAGCCAGCCAGCGGCCGAGAUGGCGCAGCCGGUGGUCGGCAUCCCCAUCAGCAGCCCCGGCGCGGUCGCGGUCGGGCCGGUCGUCGGCAAGUGGUCCUCCGGCCUCUGCGCCUGCUCCGACGACUGCGGCCUCUGCUGCCUGACGUGCUGGUGCCCGUGCAUCACGUUCGGCCGCAUCGCGGAGAUCGUGGACCGCGGCGCGACGUCGUGCGGCGUGGCGGGGACCAUCUACACGCUGCUGGCCUGCUUCACGGGCUGCCACUGGAUCUACUCCUGCACGUACCGCUCCAGGAUGCGCGCGCAGCUCGGCCUCCCCGAAGCCUGCUGCUGCGACUGCUGCGUCCACUUCUGCUGCGAGCCCUGCGCGCUCUCCCAGCAGUACAGGGAGCUCAAGGCCCGCGGAUUCGACCCCGACCUCGGCUGGGACGUCAACGCGCAGAAGGCCGCCGCCGCCGCCGCCAUGUACCCGCCGCCGGCGGAGGGGAUGAUGAUCCGCUAAGCUAAGCUAGCUACCUCGUCGCCGAUCCGGCCCAACCUCCAACGCUAAACUCAGAUGCGUUGCGUCAGUCAGAUCAUCGCGUACGUACGUGUUUUGUACGUAUGGUCGUGUAUAUUUGUACGUGAUGCGUAUAUAUAUAAUGUUAUGACUGAAUGUCUGAGUUUUAAGAUUUGUACGUUUGAAUCCUUUUCUU